AUGGGUGUUGCCCAGCAUGAAAAUCAGGAUUGCCAAGUUGGCAAUUUAUUAUUCCGGUGCCGCAAUGGGCUGGAGUGCGAUGCAUCCACCCGACAAUGUCAUGUCCCCAAAGGAAGUGACCCAGCUAAACUGCCCAAAUGUCUUACUGAGUAUCAUAAUAGGGAACUGGUGGCUAAUGAUAAAAAUAUUGAUCAAGCAAAGAGUAAACAAGUAAACACAAAGGAGUCGGAUACUAAUUAUUUGAAUGGAUGCGAAAAGUUAGUAUUAGGUCCGGAGUCGUAUGCAUUGGAGUUCAAGAAACGCGGUUAUGACCCCAAAAAUAUGCGAAGGGUUGCAUGCUCAGCUGAUGGAAAAUACGCUACGAAACAAUGUGAUCGAGCAAUAUGUCAAUGUGUCAACCCUACUGAUGCCAAACCCCUUGACAACGCUCAGAUAGAUAAAUUGCAACUUAAUGGUCGGGACAUGACAUGCCGGUGCGCAUUACAAAACUACCUUACUCAAUACGAACUACAGUCAUACCGGGAACUAUCGUGCGAUCAGCUAGGUAACUACGAUGCCUAUCAGUGCUUUGACGAGGGGAAACGGUGCUUUUGUGUCGAUGAGCAUGGUGCACCAAUCACCAAUGAUGGCACAAUGAGUUGCCUGGAUCAGUUUAUAAAAGAGUACACAGAUGCCAACUUGUAUCCGGAUCAAAUUUGUUUGAUGUUGCGUAAGACUUUGACAGAUUUACCAAUGACCAAGGAUAAGGUAAGAAUAAUGUCGAAAGUGUAUGUUGAGUUGCCUAAGCUGGCACCCGGGAUAUUAUGA